UGCAGAGCUGCAGUACCGCCUCUGUCCUGCUGGAGGCGCUGAACGCAGUGACGCUGCUGCACCGGCUUCACUUUAGCACAAAAGAAGAAGAAGAGGCUAAUCUGGAUUUAGCAAACCAGCAGCAAAUAAACAACUAAAGUAACGCAGUGCAGACAUGUCAGCGGAUACUAAGAUUGCUGAGCUGCUCACUGAGCUUCACCAGCUCAUCAAGCAGACCCAGGAGGAGAGGUCCCGCAGUGAACACAAUCUGCUGAACAUCCAGAAAACACACGAGAGAAUGCAGACAGAAAACAAAACAUCUCCGUACUACCGGACCAAACUGAGAGGCCUUUACACCACAGCUAAAGCAGACGCUGAGGCAGAGUGUAGUAUUCUGCGUCACGCUCUCGAUAAAAUCGCCGAAAUCAAGUCUUUGCUGGAAGAGCGUCGGAUCGCUGCUAAAAUGGCCGGAGUUUACAGCGACAGCGACCCUCCCAGGAAGACGAUGCGACGAGGCGUCCUGAUGACGCUGCUGCAGCAGUCAGCCAUGACGCUGCCGCUGUGGAUCGGGAAGCCUGGAGAGAGCCCUCCUCCUCUGUGCGGAGCGACGCCGGCCAGCAGCGACUACGUGGCCAAACAAGGCGACAAGGUGGCAGCGAGAGUGAAGGCCGUGGACGGAGACGAGCAGUGGAUCCUGGCCGAGGUGGUCAGCUACAACCAUUCCACCAACAAGUAUGAAGUGGAUGACAUUGAUGAGGAGGGCAAAGAGCGCCACACUCUGAGCAGACGGAGGAUCAUCCCCCUCCCUCAGUGGAAGGCGAACCCAGAGACUGACCCUGAGGCCCUGUUCAGUAAGGACCAGCUGGUUCUGGCUCUUUACCCUCAGACCACCUGUUUCUACCGGGCCCUGAUCCACACUCCACCACACCGGCCGCAGGACGACUACUCUGUUCUGUUCGAGGACACUUCGUACGCCGACGGUUAUUCUCCUCCUUUAAACGUGGCGCAGCGAUACGUCGUCGCCUGCAAAGAGAACAAGAAGAAGUGAGUUGGAUCCAAAAAACAGCAAAACGAAGAAUUACUGUCUCUGAAACGGCAGCAGUUUCAUUUUAAACAUAAAAAUGAUCAGAACUCUGAGAUUCCUGCAGAAACUGAGCUGGAGAGAAACUCAGUUUGUAUUUUAACAGAGAAACUUUAACUGUUUUUAGAGCGCCACCUGUUGGUGAGCAGAAGAACUGCAGCUAAGCUUCCAGCUGCUGCUUUGGGAACAAAUGUUGUUAUUAUGAGGCUCAAACUGUAUAUUUUUAUAUGUAAAGUGUCAAUAGUUUCUGUGUUGCAUAUUAAAAACUGUGAUCAUG